AUGGCAAUGUGUAUCUUCAGUGAGGAUCCUUUACUGAUCCGGAAAUCACAUCCUCAGGAAGAUCUGGAUCUCGAUGCCCUCGCGAGAGAAGCAGUGGCCAGCUCAUCGAGCCAGAUACAGAUUUCGAGUUCAAAGGCCCCCAUCGCCGUGCUCGUCAAGUCUCCUUGCCUUGCUAUCCGGUAUCCUACGCGUGUCAAUCAGAUCCGCAGAUUUCAGCUGAAAUUCACUUCUGAUGCCGAUUACCGCAAGGCUGUCUCGAUUUUGAGCGAAGUCGGAUGUCCUAUAACCGAAUCGACCGCUGGUAGCUUUCCACCAUCGACUGCAUUCCUCACAAGACCAAACACAGCAAGUUGGCCUCAUAGCACAGCGUCUCCUGUGUUGGGAAUGCCUUCAUCCCAGGCCGGAAGCCACAGUAUACGAGCAGUUCCAGCUACAGUGCCAGAGACGCGUCCAUCUACCAUCGGAUCUUCUUCGGCUCUAGGUACAACUCAACCGUCGAGGAACACACAAGUUAUGAAUAAAAACGCACGUUCGGAAUAUGAAAACUCCUCUGAACGGCCGUCGACGGCCCCAAUCUUCCUUGAUGCAGGGUCGUUAAUCGAGCAGCUUCCUCCAAAGAGAGAGCUACCGUUUGCAAAGCCUCAGCGUAGACAGCAACGCUACAUUCCGCCCAAACAGACAAUGGGCAUUACUGCUAACUCUAUAGAUCUACGCUUGAAUCCUCAGACCCACGGCGGCGAGACGCCUCCUCCAGAGUCGAGUAUCCAGGCUUCAAUGACGCGUCUCGAUUCGGAAGGAAUACAGUCCCCUGUCGCUAGGAGUGCGAUGGAUAGUAUAGCCAAAAGUGACGUUUUUUCAACGGGCACAUCGACCUCAUUCACGCCGUCAAGUAUAUCCACUCUGGGGGCCGCACUGGAAAUCGCGUCUGACGCGGCACCGGUCAAAGCCGCGCAGUCUAUCCUUGCAGAAAGCCGUACAAGCACUGAACUUGCUGACAAAGAUGGAAAUAUAAUAGAUGGUCGCCCUAACCCUGCUCGUAGCGCUGUGCAGCUUCUACCCCAAACUAGCAAUUUAAGCUACAGUGCGUCAUCAAACCCGCCCCAAAUCCCAAGCCAACAAAGCCACAUCGACAGUCAACCAAACAUAUCCACUGUUCCUGUAACCAGCAACCUACUCACUACAACAGACCUAUCAUCUUACCUUUCAACGCCGACAACAGAGCGGUCUGCACUUGUAGAGUCUUGGGUAUGUCAGCAGCUAGAGAGUGACGGAUUUCUGGCUCUGUGUCAGGACGUGGAAUGUGUAUGGAAGCGGAUCGCGUUUGGCCUCUAA